GCGGCGACGACGACGACGAAGCCGGUCCCGCCUCGCCUCCCCCUGCUGCGGGUGCCCCAGGCCGGCCUGGGCUACGGCUCGUUCCGCUGCCGCCGCUCCCCCAGCCCGGACCCGCUGCAGCCCCGCGCCGAGCGCGACGGGGACGCGGCCCCCGCGGCCGAGCGGGCCCGCAGGGACAGGGAGGCCCCGGGCGGGGAGCUGGUCCUGCCCCUGUCCCCCGGACUCCUGCGGGAGCUGUCCGAGCCCGGGCCCGGGGCCGGCGGGCCGCUGGAGCUGCGGGUCGACGUGCGGGUCAGGCCGGCGGGCGGGUCCGGCCCCGGGCCGCCCCCGUCCCCCACCACCCGCUUCUUCUCGGUGCCGGUGCCGGGGCCCGUCCCGGGCCCGGACUCGCCCUCCUUCUCCCGACACCCGUCGUUCUCCCGGGCCGCCUGGACGCCCACGCCUUCCCCGGGCAGCACGUGGAGCCGCGGCCCGCACCCCCUGGCCGGGGCCGAGGGGCCGGGGGGCGACCGGGCGGGCCCGGGAGGGUGCCGAUGCCGGUGCCGGGAGCUGGGGCUGGGGCUGGAGGACAAGGAGAGGGCGAAGGCCCUACCGCCCGCCUGGGCCAACGAGGAGAAACUGAGCAAAGCCAUUGCGCUCAUAGGGCUGCCCAUGUACAUGAAGUCCCUCCGCUGGGCUCUGGCCCUCAUGGCUCUGCUCUUUGCUGUGGCUGUGAUCACCAUCACCGCCCUGGCCUCCCGAGGCCCCCAAUCAGGGAAGGGUUGCAGGUCAUGCUCGGACGGCUGGCUGUGGGCGGAGGACCGGUGCUACUUCUACUCCAGCGAUGCCCGGGACUGGGCAGCCAGCCAUGAAUUUUGCUCUGCCCACGGCUCAGCCCUGGUGGUUCUGACCCGGCCGAAGCCUCCCAGAGAUGGAUGGAGAUGACGAUCCUCAAGGGCUAGACUGUGGCAGCCUGAAGGAUGGGAAGAUUGUGGCGUUGGACUGCACAUCCACCACACGCUGGAUCUGUGUCAGGACUUCCCAGUGACCCUGACUCAGGGCCCGGGCUGAGGUCCAAGUGAGUCAUGUCCAGGCUGUGUUAUGGGCUGGGGUCCAGGCUGAGGGGGGAGGGCUGGGGUCCAGGCUGGGGUCCUGGCAGGGUUGAACCUCCAGCUCCAGGGCUGUUUUGAGGCUUGAAGGAGGGAAGAAAGGAAGACUGGAGUGUGAGAGCAGCAACCAUGUCCCUGAAAUCCAUCCGACCUCAACCUCUGAGACUGAGAGAUACCUCCUCCAGGUCCCUGCACCAACCAAGCAGCCAGCGUCAGCACUUGUGGACUGUUGACUUUAGCCCUGCUUCUACCCCCGGUGUACAUAGGCAUCAUCAGCGGGAUGCUCCAUUAUUAAGUCCCAUGCCACUACUUGUAAGUAUCUCUAUGUCUUCAUCGUGGGCAGGGAAUGUGCCUCUGUGCUUCUGGUGUACUCUUCCAAGUUUUUACCACAGUGCAUUUCACCCAGUGGGUGCUCAAUAAAUACUAUUACUGC